UUUAACUACUUUACUUGCCUUAACCAAACGCCAUUCGCAGCCAAAUCCACCUAUCUUCCCUCUUCUCCCUCUCCUCUUUCCUCACUUCCACUCUUUGUAAUGGAAGCCCAAUUGUUAAAACUCCCUUCUCCUUCCUUAACAAGUACCAAUUCUUCAAAACACAGUAACCUUUUAGCCCGUCAAAAAUGGUCAAAUUUUUGUAAGUUUCAAUUACCCAAUUCAGGUAGUACCAUUACUAUUCGCCCCCUUCAAGCUUCUGCUACUUCUCUUGGACUUGGGCCAAAGAAUAGAAUAGAUGAGACGGAAAGUUACACUCUUGAUGGUAUAAGGAACUCUUUAAUUCGACAAGAAGAUAGCAUAAUAUUCAGCCUUGUAGAGAGAGCUCAGUACUGUUACAAUGCAGAGACGUAUGAUCCUGAUGUUUUUGUGAUGGAUGGGUUCCAUGGCUCUUUGGUUGAAUAUAUUGUCAAAGAAACUGAAAAGCUUCAUGCUAAGGUUGGAAGGUAUAAAAGCCCUGAUGAGCACCCAUUCUUCCCUAAAGAAUUACCUGAGCCAAUGUUGCCACCCAUGCAGUUCCCAAAGGUUUUGCAUUCAAUUGCUGAUUCCAUAAAUAUCAAUGUCAAAAUAUGGGAGAUGUAUUUCAAGAAUCUCCUCCCAAGAUUAGUAAAGGAAGGCGACGAUGGUAAUUUUGGAUCUACAGCAGUUUGUGACACUAUUUGCUUGCAGGUAUGUGUUCUUUAAAGUUCUGUGUCAUUAGAGCUAGCUUGAGAUUAGGCACUGGAAAUUAUAUUGCUUUCCAUGGCUAUUCUUGUUGACAUUUUAUAUAUUUGCAAAUCCUUGAAUCCCCUAAGUGGCCUCGAUCUUUGCUUUAUCGAGUCCCUUCCUUAGACCAAAAACAUCAGCAUAACUCUGUGAAAUCUUCUGUCCAAAUAGCCAGUGUCUUUAAGGGCAGUAGGAACUAUGCUGUUAGAAGAUGAACUCAAGGCCUUGAAAUAAGUGUCACCGUGGUAAUUACUUAAGAAGAAUGAUCAUUCCGUUUCCAAACAAUAUCUCAAAAGUUAACUCUGAUUUGAUGAUAGGUUUCAAGAUAGAUUGUGAAUAGCUUUUUAUAUCCCCUCCCAUCAACAAUGCGUUUCGCUUUAGUUCCUG